CACGCCACACCACUACCGCAUCACAUCUUCAUCACCACACCCCACCGCACACUACACACCACACCUCCACCACCUGGUUAUCGUCACGUGUGUGAGCAUCAGCGGUGAGUGUGGCCGAGACUAAGCGGCGGUUCUCUUCCCCAGGAGGUGAUGACGAGAUAGCACGCCAUGGCUUCCUCACCCAGCACGGGCGGCCCCCUAAUGGGCGCGGGCAUCGCGGGCGACAUCCCUUUCGCCGACGCUGACGCAGUGGACUGGGAUGCCCCACCCUCGGUCACCCCGCCGCCUGCCCCACCCAUCUAUUCCACCCCGCGCCCAGGCCUCUGUCGGCCAGUGGGCAGCGGCGCCCUCCCGCUCUUCUGCAACAGUACCACCUCGCCGCCCGCCGCGCCCACGCACUUCUACUCCAAUGCCCCUUCCGCCGCCCCGUCCACAACACCUUCGCCCACACGCACGUCGAAUGGUCCACAGACUCUCGCUGUCGUGGAGGAUGAGUGCGGUGCCGUUAAAGUGGCCACUGACCGACCACACUUGGUCUCCCUGGGCGGCGGGAGGCUCUCCACAGCCGUCACGCUCCACCCUAUUAACGAAGGGCGGACAGUGCUUGGCGCGGGUGGCAUGGGUGUGGUGCCAGAUAUCGUGGUGCUGGGCACGGGUGUCGAAGCGGAACAUUGUCUUCUGGAUAACGCAGGAGGAGUGGUCAGCCUCACGCCCACGAACGGCGGGGUAGCCAUCGAUGGACUCAAGAUCACGGCGCCCACGAGGCUUACACAAGGAUGUAUGAUAUGCCUCGGACGGAGUAACUACUUCCGGUUCAAUCACCCCCAAGAGGCCCAGUUAAUGCGCUCGAUCUUGCCCAACACAAGGAUCAGCAUGGUGCCCAUCAACUUCUACCCGGCUGUGGACAACCCGGAGUAUUUUCACAUGGCCGGCGAUGCUUCGCCCGCGGAGUUGGACGAGGCCGCCGACGGGGAGAGCAAGCCGCCGGUGCCGCCCCGAAGGACGACGCCCCAUUCCACCCCCGCACCACCCGAUCAGGAGGGGCAAGACUUCAUGGACAAGGUGAAUCGGUUCGAACAGCUGUCAAGUAUAUCUGUGGCGGAUGAGCUGCUGUGGGACAGCCCAGGCCAGAGCGCAGUUGGCAGGAGCAAGAGCAAUGGUGCUGACCUCAUCUAUGACAACCAAAGUGACAGUGAUUCUGAUAUUCCGCCUGAGGUUCCGCCGAGAUCAGAGGCAGCGGGCUCCUGCCAGGCGUCCUCUCCUCCCGUCAGCGGCAUGGCUGGUAGACUUGCCAAGCCGCGCUACUUCGGCGAAUACAUCUACACCAAGAACGAAAUGGCGCCUCCCCCUGUGGCGCCACGGCCACCUGCCAUCGCCGCUCGGCGCAGCCCCGCCAGCCCAACCUCGAACGGUGCCGUUUCCACUGUGGUCUCCCCAUCAGGCAUGACCUCCGUCCACAACAUCAUGUAUCGCUCGCUACCCCCGCCCCCUGGCCACGCCCCACAUACACCCAACACUUUUCCACCGGCACCCACAGUGCCCUUACCCCCCGCGCCUACAUCGUCGCAGCCAUCCGUGCCGACCAGUGCCCUACCGCCCAUGCCUGCGAGUCGGGGUGCUGGACACCGGCGCACACCCUCCGGCGGGUCAAGCAUCGGCUCCUCUUCCAUGACCGGCUCAUGGACGCCUGGAGUUGGGCUGCCAGGCGCAGGUCUCCCAACUUCAAGCUUGGCUAAGGAAGGAGGCACGCGAUGCUCGCUUGAAGACCUAAGACACAGUGAACUUCGGAAGCAACAGGCAGUGGAAGACCGCAUGAGGGAGCAGGAGGCAGCAGCGGCGGAGCGAGCGCGCCUGGAGGAGAUCCUGACGCUGUGUGCCGAGUACGAGCGCCAACAGGGGGGGCAGGGCAGUGCCGCCUCCCCUCGGCCCCCGGCUCACUCACCGCACUACGCCUUGACUCAGAACAGAAUAAAAACAAACGGUUCAUUGCCGAGAGACAAGCGUCUACCUUCGUCGCCAACAGCGCAUUCGGCAACGCUUACGUCUGCCUCGUCGCCAACGCCUGUCGCAACGCCUGUCGGGGGAGCGAGCUUCAAGGGACCCGCAACGUCUGAAGAUGAGCUCAAUGCGAUCUUUAGUUUCGAGCAGACGGAGCCUGCGAGUCCAGGACUGUGCACGUCUUCGCUGACUUGGAGUGGUAAUCUACCCACCUAUGCUCCAUUUCCAAAUUCAGCACCACUGCAGGUGCCUCCACACACUCCUAGUCCAAGCAGUCCUAAAAGUCCUUAUGAGAAUGUCAGUCCUUCACAUCUUACUUAUCCAAUGCCACAGAGCCCACGAACAAGGAUCAAAACCAUCGUUGGAAAGGAACGGUCUGAGCGUAUUGAAAGAAUAGAAAGGAAAGACAAUUAUGAAAUAAUAGAAAACAGAAUGGCAGUUUCUGAUUACCAAGUAAGUGAUGGUAAGAAAGUUAAAAGUCCAAGAAUUUUACGAGAAAGUGCAAAAAACAAGGAAAACCUUAGUCCAUAUACACAAUCUGAUUCAUCUAGCUCACUUGAAGUUGCAGCUCCUCCUAAGCCACCCAGAUCACCAAGAAUAGAAAGAUCUGUUCUAAGUGAUUCUCCAACAGUGAAUAAGAUGAACAGUGAUGUGAAUUCAGUGUCCUCACCUCAAGUCAGUUCAAAUGGGGAAGGAACAAUGUCUACAAGUUAUGAUGGAACAAGAACUGAUUAUGAAAACAAUCAGAGAUCAGUGCACAGUGAUCUGAACAAUUUAUUCACAAAGGAUUUGGAAGAGAAAGUAACAGACUCCUGUGUCUUAACUGGUCUUGAAGAUAACUUUGUUACUAAUUUGUCAGAAGCCGAAGGUACAGCUGCCAUUGUUGAUGGCGAAGGAAAGUGUUGCAAUAAAGUGUUUGAGGAUUAUGCCAUCAGGAACAUACAGGACACAUUCAAUAUUGAUGACGUGCCAGGGGAGAUUGACCGUCUGAAAGAACUCAAGAAUGAGGCAAUGCAGUCUGUGACAGACCUGAAGCGCAGCAUUUCUGAACUUGAGAUGAAUGAAGAUGAAGCACUAAGAGAGCUUGAAGUGGAGAGAGCAUUAUUAGAAGGGGAACUGGCUCCUCUUCGUGAAAAACUUCUCGCAGAUGAAGAGCAUCUGGAGAUGCUUCUGCAGCAGAGUAAUGCUCUUGAGGAAAAAUGUCAGCAGGAAAGAUCCCACCAUCAAGAGGCUAUUGAGGCAUGCCGGUCUCGACUUGAGCAAGCUGAAAGAGAGUUAGAUAUGUUGGAGGACAGAAGUGAGAAUUUCACUGGAACAACAGAUGAAGAAACAGAGAUGCUUGAGACUUUGAAGGCCCAGCAUGAAGCUGUUGAAGCAGAAAGAAAGUUUUUCUUUUACUAUAUUCGGUGGAAGAAAGCAAAGAAAGCAUUUGAAGACAUAGAAUUUCACCAGAUGGAGGCUGAGGCACACAGAGAAGCAGAGAGGGAAGAGCUUAACAAAGAGGUUGCAGAGCUAAGGGAAAGGGUUGCAGCUAGACAAGUUAAAAUUGGAGAGUUAGAAAAUCACAUGACUGAUAUGACAGCAACAGUUAGACAAGAAACAGAAAUACUAGAGAAGGAACGUCAAAAUCUCCUCUCUAAGAUUGUAAAGUUCUCUUUAUAA